AUGAGUCAGCGGACGGAGCGGCGGGGGGGGAUACACGUGGACCAAUCGGACCUGCUGUGCAAAAAGGGAUGCGGUUACUAUGGCAACGCAGCCUGGCAGGGCCUGUGCUCCAAGUGCUGGAGGGAGGAGUACCAGCGGGUGCGGCAGAAACAGAUCCAGGACGACUGGGCCUUGGCAGAAAAGUUGCAGCGGGAGGAGGAGGCAGCGUACGCCAGCAGUCACGGAGCACAGACACAGUCCCACCCCCAGCCCACGGCACCACAGCCACAUCCGGGGCACGCCUCCCUGGGACCCUUCUCCAAGUUUGAGGAGAAGAAGACCAACGAAAAGACACGGAAAGUGACCACCGUUAAGAAGUUCUUCAGCCCUUCGUCACGCACUGCUCCCAAGAAAGAAACCCAAGAGGGCAAGACACCCAGUCCGUCCAUUAGCCGCCAUGCCAGCUUCGAUACAGACCAGGUGUCCAAGGACUUUGUGGACUUCUUGAAAAAUCUCCAAAAGCCCGGCCGGGAGAUCCACAAGCAGUGCCGAGCCUUCAUUGUGAACAUGUCGAGCAAGAAGGACCUGAGUGCUGAUGAGCUGUCGGAGUGUGUUCAGGAUUUCUACCAGAACCUAGCCGACCGGUUGAUGGGUCACUUUAAAGGCUCUUCAGAGUCUGUGGAGCAGGUGAUGGACCAAGUGGAAAAGUACAUCAUGACUCGUCUGUAUAAGAGCGUGUUCUGUCCUGAAACCACUGAUGAUGAGAAGAAGGAUCUGGCCACGCAGAACAGGAUAAGGGCGUUACACUGGGUGACCAUCCAGAUGCUCUGUGUGUCUAUGGACGAAGAAAUCCCCGAAGUCUCUGAGAACGUGGUCAAAGCAAUAACAGAUAUCAUUGAGAUGGACUCGAAGAGGGUUCCUCGGGACAAACUCGGGUGCAUCACUCGCUGCAGUAAACACAUCUUCAGCGCCAUCAGGAUCACCAAGAACGAGCCGGCCUCAGCUGACGACUUCCUCCCAGCGCUCAUUUACAUCGUGCUCAAAGCCAACCCUCCACGACUUCAGUCCAACAUCCAAUACAUCACCCGCUUCUGUAACCCCAGCAGGCUGAUGACCGGAGAGGACGGAUACUACUUCACCAACCUGUGCUGCGCAGCGGCUUUUAUCGAGAAGUUGGACGCUCAGUCUCUGAAUCUUUCCCCAGAGGAAUUCGAGCGCUACAUGUCAGGCCAAGCCUCGCCGCGAUGCAGCUCAGAGGGCGACUGGUCUCAAGCUGACCCGGCACCAGCCGCUGCCAACCCGGUCCUGGCUCAGCUCAAUCACAACCUGGAGGUGCUGUCGGGCCUCAGCAGCCGGCAGGAGACGCUGAUGGAGGCCGCUCAGAGCCUGCAGGCCGACCUCCUCUCCUGGCCCCAGAGCGUGCAGAGGGAGGUGCACGACAUCCUGGAGAAAUACCCUCUAGAGGUUCUGUCUCGCACCGUUUCGGCCAUUGAUGCCAAUAACGUGGACAAUGACAACCUGCCGCCGCCGCUCACGCCACAGGUGUUCGCUGGGUAGUGGAGUCUACACAGGGAGGACAACAUUUCACAGCUGGCGACAGUUCUCUUGCCUUGAAGAGUCAGCUCAUUUCCCAGUGUGUUUCAUGGUAACUUUACACAUGUACUAACCUCCUGAAUGUUGCUAGGCUGUAGUGCACCUUAAACGCCCGGUCAUGCCAAUAUUUAUGACAAAGAAAUUAGUUAAUUUCAAUGGAAUUGGAUCUGUUGAUAGAUUUGCUAGUGUGGAUAAAACUUGGUGAACAUUAACAUGCAAAUUUGCAUUGUUUAGCAAAAUCAAGUUGUCUGAAUGGUGCUGACCUUCUGGGGAAUGAAGGAAACGAAUGUCUCUUAUUAGUUGUUUGCAGUGGUGGACAGUAACUAAGUACAUUUACUCAAGUACUGUACAUUGAGAUACAUGUAGAUUUUAUUUCUAUUUUUUGCAUCUAUAUACUUCUAUUCCACUACUUGAUAACUUAAAGGGGGACUAUGUCCAUUUCAAAAUUCAGAAAUUUUAUUCCUAUGGUCUAAGCAAUCCCAAAAUAUCAGUAAACAUGAACAAUACAAAAGUAUUUCCUGUUCUAGGGAAGAAUAACGUCAUGUGUAUCAAGGGUUAUCAUGUCCACCUCAUCAGAAACUGGGGAGUUAUUAGAAGGAAUAUUGGAUUUCUCUGGAAUGCUAACUUUUAGCGCGUUAGAUAACAUAAGCUUCCAUAGCAAAACAAACAAGUGUCAUCCUCCUUUGUAAGAUUGUCUUCCUGUGACAUCAUCCAUCUACUGAGUGAGAGCGUAUGGGUCGGCCAGUCUGGUCCC